AUGGCAGUCCCAGUUCUGUGUGUAUAUGGUGUGUUGGUUAUAUUAUUGAAUGUUUUUUUCAUCCUAUAUUUUGGCAGGAAAAAAAUGAACUCGAGCCGCAGGCAUCACCUCAAGAGUCUGAUCCUGCAGAUUGCUUUUAGCUGGCUGGAAGAUGAGAAAAAAGCUUUGGCCGAGCAGAAGAAAGCUCACAUGGCUGAGAAUUGUCCCCCUCCCGACUUGAGUGGAGAUCAGGCCGCGCUUAUGGAUGUGUGCAGGAAACUCCACGCCGCUAUCGACAAGCUCGAUGAAGAGCGCUACGACGCCGAGGCCAAAGUGAACAAAACCAACAAGGAGAUUGAGGACCUGAACAUCAAGGUAGUGGACUUGCGUGGCGUGAAGAAACCGGCCCUGAAGAAGGUGCGCAUGUCGGCUGACUCCAUGCUGAAGGCACUGCUGGGCUCCAAGCACACUGUCAACAUGGAGCUCAGAGCCAACCUCAAACAAGUCAAGAAAGAAGUAAAGGAGGAGCCUACAGAGGCAGUGGGCGACUGGCGUAAGAACAUCGAGGACAAAGCUGACAGGAAGAAGAUGUUCGAGAGUUCCUAA